UGCUACAUGUGAGCCAGAGCAGGCCGAUUUUCGCCAUUCCAGCAUUCAACUCACAAUUGCAUACGACCUUGCGAUAUUUCCACGCUUAUCCGCCCGUUUCAAGAGGCGCCCCAGAACCGAGAAUCUCUCUGCCGCGCGAUCAUCUCCCGCCGCCUAGAUAAACGCGUCUCAGAAGUCGGACACGGGCAAAGAGCCACCGUCGCACUGGUCGUCCAGACACAACGAUCCUUACCUCGACACCAUGUCUAUCGAGAUUGGCCUCGGCACGCCGCUGGCGGACGCACUGAAUGCUGCGAUCCCGCCGAAGCUGGUUGAGGUUGGAUGGGGCACGGGCGGUAGCGACGACUCCGCACUCGCCGAGUACAUCAUUCUCAUGCUUGUCAAUGGCAAGACGCAAGACCAGAUUGCUGCAGAGCUGUCUGGAGACCUCCUAAAUCUGCCGCUCGACGACCCUGUCGUUCACGAAUUCUCCAAAUGGCUAUUCGACCAAGUUCACAUGCUCAACGCGCAUGGCGGACAAGGAAACGGCGGUGACUCCAUGGGCGACUUCUCAGGAGACGCCGCAGGUGGAGAUAUGGACACUGAUAUGGGCUCUCACGGUGCGCCCGAAUUGAACGCGCCCACCGGUCCCCGCUCAAUGCGCAACGGCAACGGCAACUUCAGGGGAGGACGAGACAAGCGAAUGUUCGGGCAAAUGUCCAAAGCCAUGGACCGAUCAAAUGACAACGUGCUUCAUCGAGUUCGUGGGGGCAGUGGAAGAAUCGACACACAUGGGCGUGCCCCCCCUACUGGCCCACGCGGAGGUCGCGGCGGCAUGAUGCGGAAUCACAACAACAACAACAGAGGCAUGCAGGCCGGCGCAAUGCCUGGUGUUGCUGGCGGACCUGCGUUCCCACAAUGGGGGAUGCAAGGCCAACCUACUCAGAUCGACGUCAUGGCCAUGUUAGAACAACAGAGUCAAAUGAUGUUGGAGCUGUCUCAACAGAUGAUGAGCAACGGAAACCGGGGGUUUGGCCACCAGCGACGAGGAGGAAAGUCUCUAUUUGAGAGGACCCAGGACCCUCGCCACAAGAAUAACUUUCGAAGAGGCCAAGGUCAGGGCCAGGCCGACGCCAACGGGGAGGACUCGAACAUGGAGACGGGUGCCGAAGGCGAGGAUGCUGACAUGGGCAAGCGCGAGCCUCCGAACCCAGACGAGACUGUUUGCAAAUACAACCUUCACUGCACCAACAAGGACUGCAAAUUUGCGCAUCAGUCUCCAGCAGCGCCCCCGGGAGUUUCUGUCGAUGUCAACGAUAUUUGUAGCUUUGGCGCCGCCUGCAAGAACCGCAAGUGUGUCGGACGCCAUCCCUCACCGGCCGCAAGACUUGCGCAUCAGAGCGAGCAGGACUGCAAGUUCUUCCCUAACUGUCAAAACCCUCGAUGCCCGUUCAAGCACCCCUCGAUGCCUCUCUGCCGCAACGGUGCAGACUGCACUACACCAAACUGCAAGUUUACACAUGUCACGACAAAGUGCAAAUACACUCCCUGCCUAAACCCCACCUGCCCCUUCGCUCACGAAGAGGGCCAGCAGGGAGGCUUCAAGGACAAGGUCUGGACACCAGGUCAGGGAGAGCAUGUCAGCGAGAGAAAAUUUGUGGAUGAGAAUGCUGAAGAGCAAAUGAUUCAGCCAGAGACGGAGAACAAGGAAGAGAUGGCACAGGAUCAAGAGAUUAUUGGUUAAAGGGAGGUCAUGGGAGGGUUAAAAAAGCAAAAAAAAACAAAAGAAAGGAUGACAAAAUUCUCUGAAUACCAGGCAUCACUCAAAGUGAUGCUUUUUUCUGCUUCGGUUGCUAUAAAAAGACGGCCACUACAGCCCCCUGUAUGACUUUUUGACUUUGGGGCUCGGAGGGGACCUGUACGAUUAUGCUGGACGUAUAUGUUUCUUGUCACGUUGGGCAGGGCAUGGAAAGGCGUUUUUGGACUGGGAGACACAUGGGUUUUUUAACGUGCGUGGAGAUUUAUCACAAAGUUUUAUACACGCCUCUUUGGUUGGCAUUCUGAGGUAGCAGCCGGUUUUAUUUUCGGCCGUGGGCUCGAAAACCACGAGAGCCUAGCGACAGAUAAUACCAGAUACUUGCUUCUUUCUGUCGUUGUUUAGAAUUGAUGUUCCAAACCG